CUUCCAACACUUCCAUUUUCUUCUCAUUUUUCAUUUUCUUAUGUGGGGCGUUUAUUCGGGAUGUCCGUAAUGAAUCGUCCACACUCCGUCUUCCUUAUUCCUUCAUGAAUCGUCCUAGAUCCUACGUUUGCAUGCCUCGUGACCGCAUAUCAUUCCAUGGACUCGCUUGGAGUUUUGCAUAACAUACACGACCGGAACGUAGGGCACAAUGAGCUAUCUGUCCGAACUCCUCGGCGAGGGAGCCACUCGGCGAAAGCCCAAGGCACCCGUUGACAGCGAUUCCAAGUCCGCCAAACCCGGUGCAAGCGAAACGGCACGAUCCCUUUCCAGCGGUCUCAAAAUCGAUGCAACCACGACCGGUUCAUCACAAAAACGCAAAGCCGGAAGCCAGCUAAACACCGCCGAUGCCAAAAUCUCAAAGAGAUCCGAGAGUGCAACCCAACCGUAUCUAGGGACUGCGAGGUCCACCGCUGAACCGGGUCCCCCAUCCUUCUCUGCGAGACCAAGUACAAAGCCUCCCACAAUCCCAUCUACCAAAAAUGGCAGCAAAGCCACCUCCGCCGGCUCCAGCUCCCCCCCACGCCCACCCAUGUCACCCGCCCCCGGCCAGCCGCUCAGCCGCUAUCAACAGCUCCUCGCGCGCGGCGCCGCGAUGAAAGCGACCAGCAAGCCCGUCGGCUCGAUUACCCACAAGCAGGCGGAGCGGCUCUCGAAGCGCGAGCGGUUGGCGCUGGAAGCGGAGGCGAAGCAGCGGAAGAAGUCGGGGGGGGUGGUUCCGGAUAGCCGGAGGAAGGGCGCCACGCCAGAUCGGGGGUCUGGCGUGGCUAAGGUCGAGAAGAAGGACUAUGGAUAUAGUGGGACUAUGCGGCCGAAGGCGGUGGAAUCGGAUUAUAAAGGGACGAUGGGCAUGAAGAAAGGCUCGGACAGAGACGUGCCUCGGCGUGGGGUGGGAGGCAAGAGAGCUGAUGCGGGUCCGGGCAUGAAGAAGGGUCGCUACGCCGGCUACACCUUUGAGUCCGAGUCUGACCUGGAGGAUGACCUAGAGGACUCUGGUUUAUCCGACAUGGAGGCUGGUGCGUUCGAGAUGGAGGAAGAAGAAUUCCGGUCACUCCGUGCGGCGAGGAAGGAAGAUGAGGAGGCGUUGAAAGAAGAGGAGGCGCACCAGCGGGAGAAAUUGGAAAGACGGAGGAGACUCGAGGAGCUGGGAGCGAGGCGGCGAGGCAAGUGAGCGAGAUUGGAUACUCGUUUCCUUGGUCAUCAGGAUUAUUCUCGCACGAAUUUUAUGAGCCCCUCAGCGUUCAUGGAUCGUUCGAAUGGCUUGCCUCAUGUGUGAGGUAUCGCAUUGUUAUCGAAGCAAUGGUUGCAUUAUUAGCGUUGCAUUUUAGGCUGUUGCAUAGCGCAUUAGUAUGUACACUGAACAUUCAGAGUGUUUUGACUAGCCCAUAGUCCAUUUCGGCUGUUACACUUCAUCCACGUCUGA